ACUCAUACUUGUGCUUAAGCCACAUACGACAAUGAAAAUAACUAUUCAACAAUAGGGCCGCUGUUAUUGAAUUGUUUAAUGUCGUAUUUGUUUCUCAAGGCAUCGGCCCCUAACUGGGAUUCCCCCAUAAUAAUUUUAACCUUAAAACGAUAUUCUCAACACUUGCGUUUUGCUAAGAAAUACCUCGCUCACUAAUAUUGCUUUACCGAUAUGGACUCCAAUACUGGGUAUCGGUGGCUCCUACACCUGAAGGCUAUAAUUUGGAGAUAUCUAAUGUGGAUUGGAAUGCUCAUCCACCAUCGCGCCCAGCCUGCCUCCAGGCCCCCUUCCUUCAUUGUCAAAGCUCCAUCGAGAUUAUCGGUGCAAAGAGGAGAUAUUUGCCUUGUCUUCUACGUCCCAGAGAAAUACCACACCUCUUCGGAUGAGCAUCGUUUUCCAGUCAUCAUUAAUUUCCAUGGCGGUGGAUUUACCUUGGGCACGGGAACUGAUGAUGCCCGAUGGGCGCGCUAUGUUGUGGAGAAGACCGAAGCUGUUUUUGUGAGCGUAGAGUAUCGACUAGCACCAAAGUACCCCUUCAGCGUCGCUGGUGAUGAUGGAACUGACGCCUUGAUAUACCUGGCUGCACAUUCCGAGGAGUUACGUCUUGAUCCCCAAACGAUCAUCCUUGGCGGUUUCUCCGCCGGGGGAAAUCUCGCCUUAACAAUUCCUUUCAUCUUCUACGAGUUAAAAAACGGCAGCGAAAAGCGCUUCUUACGGCCCAAUGACUCAGAUGGAGCCGACCAGAACGAUUUGAGCCAGAUGAACUCGCCUCCUACUGUCCCGCAAGCCUGCCAAGCUAGUUCACAAAGCACUCCUUUAAUUGAAUGCCGGGCGACAGCUUUAGAGACAGUGCAAGAAAUUCCUCCACUUACGAUAUGUGCUAUUGUCUCAUUUUAUCCUCCAACAGACUUUCGAAUACCCCGCGCAACCAAACGCACGACAAACUCUCGGCCUGAACUCAACUUAUCGGCAGCACUCACCAAUCUCUUUGACGACUCGUAUCUCUCAUCGGAAUACGCUGAAACAUCAUUGCAUCUAGGAGACCCCUAUCUCUCACCUGCUGCGGCCAGCGAUGAUCUAUUGAGAGCUGCUUAUCCUCAGUUGAUCAUACUCUAUACCUGCGAGCACGACAUGCUCAAUGCCGAAGGAGUUACAUUCGGGGAGAGGCUGAAGAGUCCAAACAUCGGUAAGACCGUGAAAGGUGGGAUUAUUGAGAAUGUUCCACAUGCAUUUGACAAGAUGCCGAAUCCAAUGAAAUACCGAGAGGCUGCCGAAAGAGUAUAUGGUGAGGCAUGCGCGGAGCUAAUUGCAGCUGGAUUGGGGAGUGGUGCACACCAAACAGAACGGGCACAGCCCAAGCACAGUAAGACGGUAGACAGGUUUUAAGAUAUGAGCAUUGGAGUUGAUGACCAUUUGAUGGCUUACCAGUGGUAUGUUAGCAACUCUGUAUGCCAGUCGCUCUGACCCGAGCCCCGUUAUGGGGCAUUACUAGUUGGCCCCCCCCCCUGUCCAACGAGAUCGG